AUUUCGAGUGUUCGCUGUUGGUCCUCGUCUUCUAGCUUCGAGCUCUGAGAAAUCGAAAAUCAUGGGUCACUCCAACGUCUGGAAUUCUCAUCCUAAAAAAAUACGGACCUGGAUCUUGCACCUGCCGUGUGUGUGGAAACUCCCAUGGAUUAAUCAGGAAGUAUAGUCUUAAUUGCUGUAGACAGUGCUUCCGUAGCAACGCCAAGGAAAUCGGAUUCAUUAAGUACCGUUAA